CAUUGAGUGAAAAGUGUUGAAAAAUAUUUGUGUUUUUUGUGAUCAUUUCGAAGACAUUGAAGACAUGGAAGCGAUUGGAAGCGACUCUUCGGAUCUCAGAGUCUGUGAUGACAUGAGUGGAGACAAUGCGGUCACCAAUGGAUCAGUUGUUUUGAAGGACAGCACCGGUAGCCUCGAUAUGACUCAACGGUUUAACACAUCACUAGUGGUCUCACAGACGACCCCUUCCUCUAAGUCUUCACUUGAGUUCAGCAAAGACUCUUUCGAUCGUAUUGGCGAUGAUUUAUGUCAACUGUUGUUGAGUUAUCUGCCAUUUGAAGAGCACUUCCGAAGGGAAUGUCUGUCCAAACAGUUCCAGAGAUGUCUUCACAUAUCUAUCAAAGUCCUCACUAUCACUGACACACUGUUUGCCAAAAUGCGCGCAAAGUGUGGAUCCUCUGAAACCCAUAUAUUGACUGAUAUUCUCAAGAAGUGUCCCAACAUUCAGACCAUUGAUUGCUAUCAUAUAUUAAACUAUGAAUCAUAUAUGAGACCAGUGUUGUCGGCCAUCGAUGAGUCCAACUCAUGGAAACUGAGUGUCGAUGUCAUGAAUGCCAUGAAAUUUAUGCCGCGAUUACGUCGACUGGAUUUGACGUUAAGGUUGACACCCGAUGCCGAAGUGGUCACCGAUUGUCGUAUGUUUGAUGGCAUUAAUGCCUGCAAACGAUUGACUCAUUUAACACUCAAUUUGUGGCGAUUACACAACACAGCGUUUACCGGCAUUGAGACUAAUCACCGGAAACUACAGGUGCUCUCCAUUACUACCACCGAUGAAGACAACAACUACAAGAAAUCGGAUUUCGAGGCAUUUAUUAUGAGAAGUAGUCAUAAAUUGAGUGCAUUUACGGUCCGUCAAAGUGGUAGACCUGUGAUCCACUUCAAUGACCAACAGAUCUAUGAAUUGAGACACAAUUAG